AUGUCAGCUGUGUUUGAGGUGGAACACUCUUGUCAGGUUGUAGACGUCUUCCCGGGGGAAAAGACCGGGAUGAAAAAACAUGAGACAUCGCUGGUGGACAUGACGCUCCAUCUCUUCGUUCUAGAAACGCUGAUGGACACACGUACGGCUACGGCAGAGCUGGGCUGGACGGCUUACCCUGCAUCAGGGUGGGAGGAGGUGAGUGGCUACGAUGAAAACCUCAACACGAUCCGGACGUACCAGGUGUGCAACGUCUUCGAGUCCAGUCAAAACAACUGGCUUCUGACCACGUUUAUCGACCGCCGCGGUGCCCAGCGCAUUUACGUGGAGAUGCGGUUCACUGUCCGCGACUGCAGCAGCAUUCCCAGAGUCCCCGGCUCCUGCAAGGAGACAUUCAACCUCUACUACUACGAGACGGACUCCGUCAUCGCCACCAAAGGCACGGCCUUCUGGAUGGAGGCCCCGUACCUGAAGGUGGACACCAUCGCGGCGGACGAGAGCUUCUCCCAGGUCGACUUCGGGGGCAGGCUGAUGAAGGUGAACACGGAGGUUCGGAGCUUCGGGCCUCUUUCGAAGAACGGGUUUUACCUGGCGUUCCAGGACUACGGCGCCUGCAUGUCCCUGCUCUCCGUGCGGGUGUUCUACAAAAAGUGCCCCAGCGUGGUUCAAAACUUCGCCGUUUUUCCCGAGACCAUGACGGGAGCGGAGAGCACCUCAUUGGUCACCGCUCGAGGGAUCUGCAUCCCGAACUCGGAGGAGGUGGACGUCCCGAUAAAGCUGUACUGCAACGGAGACGGGGAGUGGAUGGUUCCCAUCGGGAGCUGCACCUGCAAGGCCGGGUUCGAGCCGGAUAACGGGAACGUAUGCCGAGCCUGUCCUCCAGGGACCUUUAAGUCCAGUCUGGGCACUGGGUUGUGUCUACAGUGUCCUCCCAACAGCAGGUCCACGUCAGAAGCCUCCACCGUCUGCGUGUGUCGGAACGGCUACUACAGGUCGGACACGGAUCUGGCCGACAUGCCGUGUACCAGCGUUCCCUCCGGUCCGCGGAACGUCAUCUCCAUCGUGAACGAGACCUCCGUCAUCCUGGAGUGGCACCCGCCACGGGAGACGGGAGGGCGGGAGGACGUGGUCUACAACAUCGUGUGUAAGAAGUGCCGGGCGGACCGCCGCACCUGCUCGCACUGCGACGACAACGUGGAGUUCGUGCCGCGGCAGCUGGGCCUGACGGAGACCCGCGUCUUCAUCAGUAACCUCUGGGCCCACACGCUGUACACCUUCGAGAUCCAGGCCGUCAACGGCGUCUCCAACAAGAGCCCUUAUCCCGCCCAGCACGUCUCCAUAGACAUACUGACCAACCAGGCCGCGCCCUCCAUGGUACCCAUAAUGCACCAGGUCAGCUCUACGAUGAAAAGUAUCACGUUGUCAUGGCCACAGCCAGAGCAGCCCAAUGGCAUCAUCCUCGACUAUGAAUUACGCUACUACGAGAAGGAGCACACAGAGCAGAAUUCCACGGUGCUGAAGAGCCAGACCAACACGGCGCGUGUGGAAGGACUCAGGCCAGGGACAGUGUAUGUGAUGCAGGUUCGAGCCAGAACCGUCGCCGGCUACGGCAAAUACAGCGGCAAGAUGUGUUUCCAAACCCUCACAGAUGAGGACUAUAAGUCAGAGUUGAGGGAACAGUUGCCGUUAAUAGCCGGCUCAGCCGCGGCUGGCGUGGUUUUCAUCGUGUCUCUGGUGGCCAUCUCCAUCGUCUGCAGCAGGAAGCGGGCCUAUUCGAAAGAAGCGGUGUACAGUGAUAAGCUGCAACACUACAGCACGGGCAGAGAACUCUCUUUGAGACCAGAUCUGACUAACUGCCACUCCCCCAUGGGCUGCCCGACACACUUCUCAGGCUCUCCGGGGAUGAAGAUCUACAUCGACCCGUUCACCUACGAGGACCCCAACGAGGCUGUGCGAGAGUUCGCCAAAGAGAUCGACGUCUCCACCGUCAAAAUAGAGGAAGUUAUUGGUGCAGGUGAGUUUGGGGAAGUGUACAAAGGUCGACUGAAACUACCAGGCAAGAGGGAGAAUUAUGUGGCCAUUAAGACACUGAAGGCGGGCUACUCUGAGAAGCAGAGACGGGACUUCCUGUCUGAGGCGAGCAUCAUGGGACAGUUCGACCACCCCAACAUCAUCCGACUGGAGGGCGUGGUCACCAAGAGCCGGCCCGUCAUGAUCGUCACUGAGUUUAUGGAGAACGGAGCUCUGGACUCUUUUCUCAGGCAAAACGAUGGACAGUUCACUGUGAUCCAGCUGGUGGGGAUGAUGAGAGGCAUCGCGGCGGGAAUGAAGUACCUGUCAGAGAUGAAUUACGUCCACCGUGACCUCGCUGCACGAAACAUCCUGGUCAACAGCAACCUGGUCUGCAAGGUGUCCGACUUCGGCCUCUCCCGCUACCUCCAGGACGACACCUCCGAUCCCACCUACACCAGCUCGCUGGGCGGUAAAAUCCCAGUGCGAUGGACGUCUCCAGAGGCCAUCGCGUACAGGAAGUUCACCUCAGCCAGUGACGUGUGGAGCUACGGGAUCGUGAUGUGGGAAGUGAUGUCAUUUGGCGAGAGACCUUACUGGGACAUGUCCAAUCAGGACGUGAUUAAUGCUAUCGAGCAGGACUACAGACUGCCUCCACCCAUGGACUGCCCCACAGCUCUGCACCAGCUGAUGCUGGACUGUUGGCAGAAGGACCGUAACACUCGUCCCCGGUUCACCGACAUCGUCAACACCUUGGACAAACUCAUACGCAACCCCACCAGCCUCAAAGCUGUGGCCAGUAUGCCUUCCAUUGCGUCUCAGCCGUUGUUGGACAGAUCCAUUCCUGAUUUUAACAGCUUUAGUUCAGUGGAGGAAUGGCUGAGUGCUCUCAAAAUGUCUCAGUACCGUGACAACUUCCUCAACUCUGGAUUCACCUCUCUUCAGCUGGUGACCCAAAUGACCUCAGAGGAUCUGUUGAGAAUAGGUGUGACUCUUGCUGGUCAUCAGAAGAAGAUUCUCAGCACCAUCCAGUCCAUGCAGGUCCAGCUGACCCAGCCGCCCACGCCGCUGGCAUGA